AUGACUUCUACUGCGAAAUACAUUGGUACUGGAGCACUUGCUACCAUUUCUUUAUUAGCUUGCAUCUACAAUGAUAGAGCUGUAUUUGAUGAAAAAAGAGCAGGCAUCAAAACGCAGGCUGGUUGGCCACUGGUUGGCAAUCUACCCAUCUUGAUGGAAUACUUGAUGCGCAUUCAUGAUUUCUUGUUGGAGGGCUUCACUCGACUUGAUGAUUUAACAUUAACCAUGUCUGCUUUGGGUAUCCCAAGACACGUUGGUACCAUUGAUCCUCGCAAUGUAGAGCACGUCCUGAAGACUAACUUUGAAAAUUACAUCAAAGGCCCUGAAUUCCACAGUGGCAUGAUGGAUCUGUUUGGUGAUGGCAUCUUCAAUGCCAAUGGUGAAGAGUGGAAGUUCCAACGUAAAACUGCAAGCGCCAUCUUCAACGUCAAAAACUUUAGAGAUCAAUUCACCGAUGUAUUCAUUAAGGAACUCCUCAUCAUGCAAGACAAGAUCUUUGACGAGGCAUGUCAAGACCAACAAGUCGUUGAUUUCCACGAUGUCAUGUUCAAGUUUACGUUGGAUUCCUUCAUUGAAUUAGGCUUUGGUGUCGAAUUGAAUGCACUCUCUACCAAAGGCAAGGUUCCAUUCGCUGCUGCUUUUGAUGAGGCGCAAAAGAACACUUUCCUUCGAUUUGUCAAUCCCAUCUGGCCAGCUACUGAACGCAUCCUUAGUUUCUUGAUGCCCUGGAAAUCUAGCAUGAACGAGCACCUUAGUGUCGUUGAUUCCUUUGCUCGCGAAGUCACUGAGAAGCGUCGAGUUCAAAUUGCAGCUGGUGAAGUUCACAAAGAUCUUUUGUCCCGAUUCAUGGAUGCUCGCAACCACAAGGGCAAUUUACUCAGUAACGAUGAAUUGAGAGACAUUGUCUUGAAUUUUGUUAUUGCUGGUAGAGAUACCACUGCUCAAGCACUUUCAUGGACCUUUUACAUGCUCAUGUGCCAUCCUCGUGUAGAAAAGAAGCUCCUGGAAGAAAUUAAUCAGUAUAUUUCUGAUGAUGAUAUCAAUGAUUCCGCUGGCUUGUAUGAAAAAAUCAAAAACAUGACUUAUGCUCAUGCUGUAUUCUACGAAGUUCUUCGUCACUAUCCAUCUGUACCUCUCAAUCAAAAGUACGCUUUGAAUGAUGAUAUUUGGCCCGACGGUACUCACAUUCGUAAAGGAGAUUACAUUCUCUGGUGUCCUUAUGUGCAAGGCCGAUCUGAAAAAGUGUGGGGUCCCGAUGCCAAACAAUUCAGACCUGAACGUUGGAUCACACCUGAAGGCGAACUCAAGCGUGAAUCACAAGGUCAAUGGCCCGCAUUCCAUGCUGGUCCUCGUGUCUGUUUAGGUCAACAUUUGGCUACUCUGGAAGCCUUGAUUGCUAUUAUUUUCUUGGUUAAACGUUACGAGUUUACACUUAUGGCAGGUCAAGAAAUCACUUAUCAGGUGUCACUUACUUUACCAAUGAGGUACGGCAUGAAGGUGAUGGUUGAAAGACGUAACAAGGACUAG